AUGGCCAUCCAAAAUCUCAUCGCCUUCGGCAUUGUCGGAAUCGAGAUCUUGACGUUCUUCGUUCUGAUCGUUCCCCUGCCCUUCACCUGGCGCCGGGCGCUCUUCAAGACCAUCGCCGAGUCUCACAUCAUCGCCAAGAUCCAGUAUGGCCUCAAGAUCACAUUCAUCUUCAUUGCCUUGAUGUUCGUCGACGCCGUCAACCAGAUGGUGAAGAUCCACCGCGAGCGCGAGGCGGGCAGGUCGGCGAAUGUUGCUGGAGGCUUGGCACCGGACGCGCGCUCUCAAGCCGACUACCGCAGCCGCAAGUUCCUCUCGGAGCGCAACUUCUACCUCCACGGCUCCUGCCUCUUCCUCUCGCUCAUCCUCUCGCGCACGUACUCGCUCGUCCUCGACCUCAUCAGGGCGCAGGAGGAACUUGCGAUCGUCAAGGCUCAGGCCACCGGAUCUCCCUCGGCCGAGGCCGCAGCCGACCCCGACAAGCGUCUCGGCGAGACGGACAAGAAGAAGGUCAAGACGGUCGUUGUCGACAAGAAGCAUGACUAA